UCGCAUCGCAUGUUCUCUCAGCUGCAACUCGACCGCCAGCUAACACCAGUCACCACCAUCCGCCGCCGCCGCUGAUUGAGCGCGCGACGCUAGCUUCUCCCUUUUCUUUUCCCAUAUCACACCCACCGCCCGCUCCCGGUUCGGCUCACUGUACCUGGUGCACCGCACCGGUGCAUGCACGCGCACGCAUGGCGGCGGAGCGGCUGCUCCAGGCGCACCAGGUGUCGGACCUCUGCAUCGGCAAGCCGGCGCUGAGGUGGCUGCCGCCGUCGUCCACGGUCGCCGACGCCAUCGCGGACCUCGAGGCCGCCGGCAGCGGGGGCGACGCGGCCGUCGCGGUGUGGGACGGCAGCGAGGAGUCCGACGUGGCCGGUCGCAUGUGCAUGGCGGACGCGCUGCUCUUCCUCUGCGCCGACAACGCCAACCUGGCGUCCCCGGCCGCCGCGCUCCAGGCCACGCUCGCCGACCUCCUCGCCGCCGGCGCGCUGCAGCCCGUCCGGCGCGUCGACCCGGACGCAAGCGUACUGGAGGCGGUGGACGCGUUCCUCGGCGGCGCGCACACGCUCGCCGUGCCGAUCAGGGAGAGGUGGCGCGCCCCCGCCGACCGCGGGAAGCUGUGCUGGCUCACGGUGGAGGACGUGGUGCGCUUCCUCCUGAGCUCCGUCGGCGUCUUCUCCGCCACGGCCUCACGGUCCGUCUCCGAGCUCGGCGCCGUCCGCCCCGCCGCGCUCGCCGUCGCCGCUGGGGACAGCGCGCUCACGGCCGUGCCGCUCAUCCGCGCCGCGCUGGCAUCCCACGCCUCGGUGGCGGUCGUCGCCGGCACCGGCACCGGCACCGGCUUCCCCGCCCGCUGCCUCGUCGGCGAGAUCUCGCCGUCCGCGCUCUGCUCCGGCGGCGUGGCGACCGUGGCGGCCAUCGCGGCGCUCUCGGCCGGCCAGCUUGUGUCGUUCUUGGACUGGGGUGGUGCCCCGCCCGCGGCCACGCUCCACAUUGUCCGUUCCCGCCUCCGCCGCCGCAACCUCCUCGGAAUGCUCGACUUGCUAUACGGUGGUACCACUGAUGCGUCCUUGUCGUCGUCGUCGUCGUCUUCCUCCUCUGCUUCCUCGUCGUCAUCCUCCUCGUCGUCCGACGAGGACGAGGACAUAAUCGACGCCAACGGGAGGGAGCUUAUAGCGUCGCCGCACACGCACAUCCACGGCAACUUGUUCUCGGGGAGGCGACGGACAGAGGAGGCAACCGUGUGCCGCAGAAGAAGCUCACUGGUGGCAGUGAUGGUGCAGGCGAUGGUGCACCGAGCGACGCACGUGUGGGUGGUGGAGGAGGAAGAGCUGGUGGGCGUGGUCGGCCUGCUCGACGUGCUGCGUGUGCUCAGGCACCACCUGGUUGCUGAUGGUGAUGGAAGUGGAUGUGGAAUGCAUCCUGAUCUUGAUUGAUCCCAUGGCAUAGUAUAAAUCAAUUUUUGCAUUGGUAAACAUGUUAAAAUGAAGGAUUUAAGCUUAUAUCAAUCUCUCUAUGUCGAUAGGCACGUCGUGGUGGAAAAAUAUGAAUGUGUACAUUUGCUGGAGCCUCUUACUCGACGAUAGUGCACCAGCAGGAGGAAGCGACACGCGCAAGAGGUGUUGGGUUGGCACGCGUGUGAUAUAUGGGCCGCGAUAUAUGAUUUGGACUUUUUUUUUCCUUACCUCUCAUGUCUUUAGCCCAUGCAGCCCAAUCAGUCUAUUUUUCAUUGCAUGUUUCUCUUGUCUAGAUUUAACCCAUGCAAAUAUGUAAUCUACUAUUUGGAUUCUACAAGCUUUUUUUCUCUUACGAAAAACAGGUACAUGGGAGUUGAAACAGAUGGGGGAUGGUUUCUUUCAAUAUUU